CCAGCACAUAGCCAAAAGUUUUAGAGUUUGUUAGCCAUUGGCGUUCACCAUGUCCAUUGCAUGCCGGUGUUAGACCAGAAUCCGGAGGAGAUUGAGGAGACCCAAUAGAAAAUGUCGAUGAUCUCAUUCCUGUUACUUAAACCGGGAACAAGUGGCAAGUUGCUGAGCUUCCCACAGACUAGCUGAGGACACAGUGCCAAAGAGGAACCUGCAUUCUUUUCCCUAAAUGUAAUGAGGCUGAAAAAAGAUUCUGAAGAAGAUGUAGAGUUAUUUUGGUAAAGCUUCUAAGAAGGCUCUGAUGCAAGUAGUGUGUUUGCCAGAGUAUGAUUGUAAUUUACUUCCAUUUCAUCAGAGAUCCAUGAUCCAUAAUAUCCUCGCCUACGUGAAGCACGUUAGACGGCAUUAAAUAAAGCCUAAAGUGUGGGCCCGAAGCCGCUGAUGGAAUACAAGUUGAUAUUCACGGAUGGACUCCAAAGAAUCAUUAACUCCUGGUAAAGAAGAAAAUCCGAGUAGUGUGCUUACUCAGGAGAGGGGAAAUGUGAUGGACUUCUGUAAAAUCCUAAGGGGAGGAGCUACUCUGAAGGUUUCUGUAUCUUCAACCUCACUGGCUGCUGCAUCUCAGUCAGACCCCAAGCAGCAAAGGCUUUUGGUUGAUUUUCCAAAAGGCUCAGUAAGCAAUGUGCAGCAGCCAGAUCUGUCCAAAGCAGUUUCACUCUCAAUGGGACUGUAUAUGGGAGAAACAGAAACAAAAGUAAUGGGAAAUGACCUGGGAUUCCCACAGCAGGGCCAAAUCAGCCUCUCCUCAGGGGAAACAGACUUACAGCUUCUGGAAGAAAGCAUUGCAAACCUCAAUAGGUCGACCAGUGUUCCAGAGAACCCCAAGAGUUCAGCAUCCUCUUCCGUGUCUGCUGCCCCCAAAGAGAAGGAGUUUCCAAAAACUCACUCUGAUGUAUCUUCAGAACAGCAAAAUUUGAAGGGCCAGACUGGCACCAACGGUGGCAAUGUGAAAUUGUAUACCGCAGACCAAAGUACCUUUGACAUUUUGCAGGAUUUGGAGUUUUCUUCUGGGUCCCCAGGUAAAGAGAGGAAUCAGAGUCCUUGGAGAUCAGACCUGUUGAUAGAUGAAAACUGUUUGCUUUCUCCUCUGGCGGGAGAAGAGGAUUCAUUCCUUUUGGAAGGAAACUCGAAUGAGGACUGCAAGCCUCUCAUUUUACCGGACACUAAACCUAAAAUUAAGGAUAAUGGAGAUCUGGUUUUGUCAAGCUCCAGUAAUGUAACACUGCCCCAAGUGAAAACAGAAAAAGAAGAUUUCAUCGAACUCUGCACCCCUGGGGUAAUUAAGCAAGAGAAACUGAGCACAGUUUACUGUCAGGCAAGCUUUCCUGGAGCAAAUAUAAUUGGUAAUAAAAUGUCUGCCAUUUCUAUUCAUGGUGUGAGUACCUCUGGAGGACAGAUGUACCACUAUGACAUGAAUACAGCAUCCCUUUCUCAACAGCAGGAUCAGAAGCCUAUUUUUAAUGUCAUUCCACCAAUUCCCGUUGGUUCUGAAAAUUGGAAUAGGUGCCAAGGAUCUGGAGAUGACAACUUGACUUCCUUGGGGACUCUGAACUUCCCUGGUCGGACGGUUUUUUCUAAUGGCUACUCAAGCCCCAGCAUGAGACCAGACGUAAGCUCUCCUCCAUCUAGCUCCUCAACAGCAACAACGGGACCACCUCCCAAACUCUGCCUGGUGUGCUCUGAUGAAGCUUCAGGAUGUCAUUAUGGAGUCUUAACUUGUGGAAGCUGUAAAGUUUUCUUCAAAAGAGCAGUGGAAGGUAGACAGCACAAUUAUUUGUGUGCUGGAAGGAAUGAUUGCAUCAUCGAUAAAAUUCGAAGAAAAAACUGCCCAGCAUGCCGCUAUCGAAAAUGUCUCCAAGCUGGAAUGAACCUGGAAGCUCGAAAAACAAAGAAAAAAAUAAAAGGAAUUCAGCAGGCCACUACAGGAGUCUCACAAGAAACCUCUGAAAAUCCUGCUAACAAAACAAUAGUUCCUGCAACGUUGCCACAACUCACCCCUACCCUGGUGUCACUGUUGGAGGUUAUUGAACCUGAGGUGUUGUAUGCAGGUUAUGACAGCACUGUUCCAGACUCAACUUGGAGGAUCAUGACCACGCUCAACAUGUUAGGAGGGCGGCAAGUGAUUGCAGCUGUGAAAUGGGCAAAGGCGAUACCAGGUUUCAGGAACUUACACCUGGAUGACCAAAUGACCCUACUGCAAUACUCCUGGAUGUUUCUUAUGGCAUUUGCCUUGGGGUGGAGAUCAUAUAGACAAGCAAGUUCAAACCUACUGUGUUUUGCUCCUGAUCUGAUUAUUAAUGAGCAGAGAAUGACUCUACCCUGCAUGUACGACCAAUGUAAACAUAUGCUGUAUGUUUCCUCUGAGUUACACAGGCUUCAGGUAUCUUAUGAAGAGUAUCUCUGUAUGAAAACUUUACUGCUUCUCUCUUCAGUUCCUAAGGAUGGUUUGAAGAGCCAAGAGCUAUUUGAUGAAAUUAGAAUGACCUACAUCAAAGAGCUAGGAAAAGCCAUUGUGAAGAGGGAAGGAAACUCCAGCCAGAACUGGCAGCGGUUUUAUCAACUGACAAAACUCUUGGAUUCUAUGCAUGAAGUGGUUGAAAAUCUCCUUAACUAUUGCUUCCAAACAUUUUUGGAUAAGACCAUGAGUAUUGAAUUCCCAGAGAUGUUAGCUGAAAUCAUCACCAAUCAGCUACCAAAAUAUUCAAAUGGAAAUAUCAAAAAACUUCUGUUUCAUCAAAAGUGACUGCCUUAAUAAGAAUGGUUGCCUUAAAGAAAGUUGAAUAGCUUUUAUUGUACAAACUAUCAAAUUUGUCCUGUAGAGGUUUUGUUGUUUUAUUUUUUAUUGUUUUUGUCUGUUGUUUUGUUUUAAAGACGCACUACAUGUGGUUUAUAGAGGGCCAAGAUUUGGCAACAGAAACAAUUGAGUCAUCACUUUUCUGUGAUGGGAGAGUAGACAGUGAAAUUCAUUAGUGUAUCCCAGAAAUUAGAAACCUUAAUAUGUGGAUGUAAUCUCCACUGUCAAAGAAGGAUGGCACCUAAACCACCAGUGCCCAAAGUCUGUGUGAUGAACUUUCUGCUCAUACCUUCUCACAGUUGGCUGGAUGAAAUUUUCUAGACUUUCUCUUGGUGUAUUCCCCCCUGUAGAGUUAGGAUAGCAUUUUGAUUUAUGCAUGGAAACCUGAAAAAAGUUUACAAGUGUAUAUCAGAAAAGGGAAGUUGUGCCUUUUAUAGCUAUUACUGUCUGGUUUUAACAAUUUCCUUUAUAUUUAGUGAACUAUGCUUGCUCAUUUUUUUCUUACAUAAUUUUUUAUUCAAGUUAUUGUACAGCUGUUUAAGAUGGGCAGCUAGUUCAUAGCUUUCCUAAAGAAACUCUAAACAUUAAUCUUCUGUGUGAAAAUGGGUUGGUGCUUCUAACCUGAUGGCACUCAGCUAUCAGAAGACCACAAAAAUUGACUCAAAUCUCCAGUAUUCUUGUCAAAAAAAAAAAAAAAAGCUCAUAUUUUGUAUAUAUCUGCUUCAGUGGAGAAUUAUAUAGGUUGUGCGGAUUAACCGUCCUAACUGUUAUAGAGCACCUAGUCCAGUCACCUGCUGGGUAAACUGUGGAUUAUGGUUGCAAAAGACUAAUUGAAAAAAUAACUACCAAGAGGCCCUGUCUGUACCUAAUUGCCCUAUUUUUGCAGUGGCUACAUGGCAAGAAAGUUGGUAAACUAUUUGUCUUUCGGGACCUUUUGAAGUAGUUUGUGUAACUUCUUAAAAGUUGUGAUUCCAGAUAACCAGCUGUAACACAGCUGAGAGACCUUUAAUCAGAGCAAGUCAGUCCUGUCACUAAACUUUACCCCAAAACUAAAUCUCUAAUAUAUCAAAAAUGGCUAGACACCCAUUUUCACAUUCCCAUCUGUCACCAAUUGGUUAAUCUUUCCUGAUGGUACAGGAAAGCUCAGCUACUGAUUUUUGUGAUUGAUUUAGAACUGUAUGUCAGACAUCCAUGUUUAUAAAACUACACAUCCCUAAUGUGUGCCAUAGAGUUUAACAUGAGUCCUGUGAAUUUCUUCACUGUUGAAAAUUAUUUUAAACAAAAUAGAAGCUGUAGUAGCCCUUUUUGUGUGCACCUUACCAACUUUCUGUAAACUCAAAACUUAACAUAUUUACUAAGCCACGAGAAAUAUGAUUUCUAUUCAAGGUGGCCAAAUUAUUUGUGUAAUAGAAAACUGAAAAUCUAAUAUUAAAAAUAUGGAACUUCUAAUAUAUUUUUAUAUUUAGUUAUAGUUUCAGAUAUAUAUCAUAUUGGUAUUCACUAAUCUGGGAAGGGAAGGGCUACUGCAGCUUUACAUGCAAUUUAUUAAAAUGAUUGUAAAAUAGCUUGUAUAGUGUAAAAUAAGAAUGAUUUUUAGAUGAGAUUGUUUUAUCAAGACAUGUUAUAUAUUUUUUGUAGGGGUCAAAGAAAUGCUGAUGGAUAACCUUUAUGAUUUAUAGAUUGUACAUGCAUUCAUACAGGCAGCGAUGGUCUCAGAAACCAAACAAACAGUUUGCUCUAGGGGAAGAGGGAGAUGGAGGCUGGUCGUGUGUGCAGUGAAGGUUGCUGAGGCUCUGACCCACUGAGAUUACAGAGGAAGUCAUCCUCUGCCUCCCAUUCUGACCACCCUUCUCAUUCCAACAGUGAGUCUGUCAGCACAGGUUUAGUUUACUUGAUCUCCCCUUGCGCUCAAGUGUUAAACAGGAGACAGAAAGGUGGUGCUUACAUACUUAAAGGCACCAACUAAUAGCGGGUUACUUUCACAUGCAGCCCUCCUCCAACAGUUUAAUGACAACAGAAGCUUCAGAAGUUUGGCAAUAGUUUGCAUAGAGGUACCAGAAGUAUGUAAAUAAUGCAGAAUCUCUAGGUUGCCAAUACACUAAUAAUUCCUUUCGAUCCUACAACAAGAGUUUAUUUCCAAAUAAAAUGACAACAUGUUUUUGUUUUCUUUGAAUGCUUUUUGAAUGUUAUUUGUUAUUUUCAGUAUUUUGGAGAAAUUAUUUAAUAAAAAACAAUCAUUUGCUUUUUGAAUGCUCUCUAAAAGGGAAUGUAAUAUUUUAAUAUGGUUUGUAACCCAGCUGGAUAAAUUUUUGGUGCCUAAGAAAACUGCUUGAAUAUUCUUAUCAAUGACAGUGUUAAGUUUCAAAAAGAGCUUCUAAAAUAUAUUGUUUGUUUGUAGAAUGUUACGUGGUUAAAACCAGAAAGCACAUCUCACACAUUAAUCUGAUUUUCAUCCCAACAUUCUUGGCGCUCAAAAAAUAGAACUCAGUGAAAAAAAGAUUAUGUGCACUUUGUUGUCAAUAGGAAGUCAACUGAUACUCAACAACUAUAGGAGGCUUUUCAUUAAAUGGAAAAAGAAACUGUGUCCUUUUAGAAUACAUGGGGGAGAAGAAAGUCAUCUUAAUUAUGUUUAAUCAUGGACUUAAGUGUAAAUAGAUACGGUGGUGCUGUUUGAAAGCAGCUUUAUGUCCCAAGUAUGUGUUAUCUGGCCAUCCCAACCCAAACUAUUGAAGUUUGUAGUAACCUCAGUAAGAGUUGGUUACUCACAUCAAAUCCUGGAGAGUAUUUAUUUUUAAUUAUUGGUGUAAAAAAAGUGACCUUCUCAGUAUUUGUAGGCAUUCUGUGGGACACUAUACAAGCAGAACUGAGGCACUUAGGACAUGACACUUUUGGGGUAUAUAUACCAAAAUGCCUAAAACUAUGGGAGGGAAACUUGGCCACCCCAAAAGGAAAACUAACAUGAUUUGUGUCUAUGAAGUGCUGGAUAACUAGCAUGGGACGAGAUCUGGGCAUGCCCAUGAAGGAAAGCCGGGCUCCCUUCAGAAUUCAGAGUCAGGGAGCAAUUCCAGUUUCACCUAAGUCUCAUCAUUUUAGUUUCCUUUAAAAAACCCUAAAAACUGCAUCACCACUGAAUGAGACAUUGAUCUGUCAAGCUUCCAGAAACAUGGCAGCCUUCAGUGAGAUUCCAGUCUUGGCUGGUCACCCCCGACUGCAGCUGUAGGUGAAUGUAUUUUUUAAUGUGCCUGGUUUCCGUGUCAGAAGGGAAAUAAAAGUGUAAGGAGGACACUUUAAACCCUUUGGGCGGAGUUUCAUAAUUUCCCAGACUAUUUUCAAGCAACCUGGUCCACCCAGGAUUAGUGACCAGGUUUUCAGGAAAGGAUUUGCUUCUCUCUAGAAAAUGUCUGAAACAAUUUUAUUUUCUGAUGAAAGGCUGUAUGAAAAUACCCUCCUCAAAUAACUUGCUUAACUACAUAUAGAUUCAAGUGUGUCAAUAUUCUAUUUUGUAUAUUAAACAAAUGCUAUAUAAUGGGGACAAAUCUAUAUUAUACUGUGUAUGGCAUUAUUAAGAAGCUUUUUCAUUAUUUUUUAUCACAGUAAUUUUAAAAUGUGUAAAAAUUAAAACCAGUGACUCCUGUUUAAAAAUAAAAGUUGUAGUUUUUUAUUCAUGCUGAAUAAUCUGUAGUUUAAAAAAAAAAAAGUGUCUUUUUACCUACGCAGUGAAAUGUCAGACUGUAAAACCUUGUGUGGAAAUGUUUAACUUUUAUUUUUUCAUUUAAAUUUGCUGUUCUGGUAUUACCAAACCACACAUUUGUACCGAAUUGGCAGUAAAUGUUAGUUAGCCAUUUAUAGCAAUGCCAAAUAUGGAGAAACAUCAUAAUAAAAAAAUCUGCUUUUUCA